AUGGCCGCAGUCAAUGUGAAUGUGGGCGUUCUGGGCCACGUCGACAGCGGCAAGACGAGCCUCGUGCGGGCCCUGAGCACGCAUCUGUCCACGGCCGCUCUGGACAAGAGCCCGCAGAGUCAACGCCGUGGCAUCACGCUGGACUUGGGCUUCUCUAGCUUCCGAUUGGACGUCAGAAAGGGAGGACCAUCAUUCCGCCAAGUGACACUCGUGGAUUGUCCUGGCCAUGCAUCGCUGUUUCAAACGAUUUUGAGAGGUGUAGCCAUUAUUGACACAGUGGUCCUUGUAGUCGACUGCCGCAAAGGGCUGGAGGCCCAGACGAUCGAGAGUUUGUUGCUGGCGUCGCUCGUGUGUCCUCGGCAACUGGUGAUUGUACUGACCAAGACGGACUUGUUGUCCGCUCUUGGUGUGGAAAGAGCGGCCGCGAUUGGCGCAGUGACGAGUGAGAUACGGGCCUUUGUGGCGACCCACGUUCGCUCGCUCAAGGACGUGACUAUUCCCGUCGUGCCUGUGGCCGUGGGGACUGGACACAAGACUGAGGGGAUUCCGCAUCUCUUGGAGGUGCUACGGACCCAUUUGCAGGCUCCAGAACGUGACACAAGUGGAGAUUUUCGUCUUGCAGUGGACCAUUGCUUUGCUGUGCCAGGCCAUGGUACUGUGCUCACUGGCACUGUGCUGUCUGGAGCGCUUUCGACAGGAAGUGAGCUGGAGCUGCUGCCAAUUGGGGCGAGGACUACAGUGAAGACGCUGCAGGUGUUCCGAAAAGACGUAGAAAGGUGCGUUCAAGGUGAUCGAGUUGGGCUGCGUGUGAACGGACUGGACCCGGCACUUGUAGAACGAGCGUUGGCAGUGUCGCCGCCGGGAAGUUUGACUGCAGUGACGCAGGUGGUCAUUGCGGUGGCGCGUGUCCCGCUCUUUCAAGGCAGAGCGUGCAAGAGUGGAGCAAAGUGUCAUACGACGGUAGGUCACACGACUGUGAUUGCUACCGCCACAUUCUUCGCCCGAUUGGGAAGGACAGAAGGAGAUGCAGGACAUCUUUUGGAGGAGACGUUCGAUCCGUUGGCGCUGUAUGAAUACGUGCCAGACCUUGAAUUUGGAUACAGUGUCCAAGACGGCACGAAUAGCAUUGACGCCACCACAAUUUUUGCGCUACUACAAUUCGAACGUGCUGUCUUUUGUCCACCCGCGACGCUUGUGGUGUGCUCACGUCUUGAUCUGGAUGCAAAGCGCUUUUCGUGUCGUCUGGCUUUCUAUGGGACUGUGGAGUGUGUUGUGGGGUCGUGUAGUGAAGAGCUGGACAUGCUGUCAUCUGUGCACCGCCGAGUGGUGAACCUGGAUGACAUGCGAAUCGGUCGAGUGAAAAGUCGAGAUGGCUUUGUGGACAAAGUAUCCACGCCACGAAGUGGCAUCGAUGCAGGCGAAAUCGAGGUGAUCGGUCGUGGCAUGUAUUCGAAGGACGUAAAGUGGAGCGUGUACCAGGGCUUAGCAGUGUUGUUUGAGAAAGCACGAGUGCUCGGGAUCAUUCUUGGGCCUUUUGGUAAGACGGGCAAGUUCCGCAUAGCGUUGGAACGAAACAGCACAACGUCGAAUUCGCAUCGAUGUUUUGUUCCUGCUCCAGGAGACAAGCUUGUGUUGCGUUUUGUCAAGUUAGUCACGUUGAAGCCAUUAAAGUCUGGAGGGAGGCUUCAUACGACUAGAUGGCGUGCUCCUCGGUCGAGCGCUCAGUCUGCCGGGAAAGCCUUGUUGCUUCAAGAUAGUCGCUUGCUUUACCCGGAAGCUUUCGUAGUAUCGACCUCACUUCCGAAUGUUGAUGCAAUGUUAAUGGACGCCGUUCGUCUUGCCACGAAGACUGUGCUUGCUCACGAUGAAGGAAACAAUGCAUUUAUUUACACUGCUCCUCGACAAGGUAGAAUCGAGCGUCUCAAGGGCGAGACAACUGCAACUGGAAGAAAUCCGUUUGCGAUUAUGUCGGGGUUGUUUGGAAAUGAACAAGAGGCAGAUGCUGCUGUAGGCUGCCAAGUGCGAUGCGUCGCUUGUGAUGAUGAGAAUUCGGGCGAAGGCAAGAUUGAAAGACCAUUUGGCAAGGCGGGCAAGGUCCGCGUAGAUUUUCGAGGAUGUGGAGGCACAAUGGGCAAGGUGGGAGACUCUGUUGAGAUGUGUUGA